UCUCAACAAUCACAUGCUAAAUUCUGUACCUUUACUAACUCACUAUCUUUAUAUGUAAUCUUUGCUCUUUAAGAUAUGCAAUUUUGUGACAUUUAUGUAGUUUUAUCAAGAGUGUAGAACACCAUUUCCUUAUUACGAUAAUCAUUAAUUAAAUCUUCUUUAUUGAAGUGGCCUUAGUUCACUGUUGUGGUAAAAGUGAAGAAAUAUCCUCAUAUCAAUUGAGGCAAAUGGACAAGAAUUGGAUGCACGUGCCAAACAUAUUUACAUCACGAGAAUAUGGUGCUGGGAUUAAUCAACUCCUCACAAUGGCAAAAGUCCAUGCACCUGGAAGCACUACCUUCAGGUGUCCAUGCAAGAGAUGUUGUAAUAACAUUUUCCUACCAAUAAAUGAAGUCGAAGAUCAUCUAUUCACGAUAGGUAUUGACCCAAGUUAUACACAUUGGAUAUUUCAUGGGGAGGGUGAAAGUUGGAGUGCUAAUUCGUCAGAUGAUGAUGACGAUACUAAUAAUCAAAGUUAGAAUUAUGUUGAUGAUAUGGAUGAGAUGAUAGAGGACAUUCGGGCUGGAGCAUUCAUGGACCAUGAUUUCCCGGAACAUGGUACUACUUCAGAGCCCACCAUGAGUGAGAGGCAAUUGAAAAAUUUCCACCAAUUGUUAGAGGAUGUGAGAUUUCCACUUUAUCCUGGUUGUGCAAAGUUCUCUAAGCUUUCAUUUAUAAAUAAGCUGCUUCAUAUAAAAACAAUUGGUAGGUGGACUAUCAAGUCAUUUAACAUGGUUUUAGACUUGUUAAAAGCAGCUUUUCCAGAUAUUCAGUUGCCUAACUCAUACCAUGAGGCCCAACGCUUAGAGCAUGGGUUGGGUUUUAGUUAUGUGAAAAUAGACGUUUGCCCAAAUGACUGCAUGCUAUUUUGGAAUGACGAUGCCGAAAAAGAAGCUUGUUCUAAAUGCAAGGAGUUGAGGUGGGUAUCAAGUAGAGGGAAAAAAGGGAAGAUUCCCCAAAAGGUAUUGCGAUACUUUCCUCUGACGCCUCGGUUACAAAGACUAUUUAUGUUAAAGAAUACAGCAAAAUCCAUGAAAUGGCAUAGAGAACAACGAGUUAAUGACCAUAGUACUUUAAGACAUUCUGCUGAUUCUAAAAUGUGGAGACAAUUUGAUCAAGACCACAGUUGGUUUGCAGAAGAUGCUCGCAAUGUCAGAUUGGGCCUAGCUAGUGAUGAGUUCAACCCGUUCAAUAAUAGCAGUAAACCUUAUAGCAUAUGGCCUGUGAUACUCGUACCAUACAACUUGCCCCCUUGGUUAUGCAUGAAAGAUCUGUACUUAAUACUCUCAUUGCUCAUUCCUGGUCCCAAAGCACCAGGAAACGACAUCGACGUUUAUUUACAACAUUUAGUGAAUGAAUUAAAAGAUUUAUGGGAGAACAACAUAGAUACCUAUGAUGCAUCAAAGUCUGAAAAUUUUCAGUUACAUGCUGCACUAUUAUGGACUAUUAAUGAUUUUCCCGCAUAUGCCAAUCUUUCGGGGUGGAGUACAAAAGGAAAGAUGGCUUGCCCAUUAUGCAAUGAAGAUACAGAUUACAUGUGGUUGAAACAUGGGAGAAAAUAUUGUUAUAUGGGUCAUUGUCGCUUCUUGCCAUCAACCCACACUUGGAGAAAGAAAAAAGCUGCAUUCAAUGGAAGCGAGGAUCAUCGCUUGCCACCUCCAGAGCUCAUGGGACAUGAUCUACUUCAUCAACUAGGGCAUGUUCGUAAUGUAAAAUUUGGCAAAGACUCUCGAAAGAGAAAAUGCAAACCAGAUGAAUUAAACUGGACUAAACAAAGUAUAUUCUUCAAUUUACCUUACUGGUCAAUGUUGUCGUUAAGACAUAAUCUUGAUGUCAUGCACAUUGAAAAAAACAUUUGCGACAAUGUCCUAGGAACAUUGAUGUGUAUUGAAGGAAAAACGAAAGACACUGCUAAUGCACGUAGGGACUUGAUGGAGCUUCGGUUAAGGAAGGAAUUACAUUUACAACCUUCAGCAAAUGGGUACCAAAUGAUGCUUGGCUCCUACACACUAGAUUUAGCAGAGAGGAGACGUUUUUGUGAAUAGCUUGCAUCUGUUAAAUUUCCAGAUGGUUUUGCCUCGAACAUCUCUAGAUGUGUUUCAGUUGCUAAUGGAAAGAUAUCGGGAAUGAAAAGUCACGAUUGUCACGCGUUCAUGCAAAGAUUACUUCCAGUUGCAAUUAGUGGGUUUUUACCAUCCGAUAUACAGCUUGCAUUGACUGAGUUUAGUUCAUUUUUCAAGGCUUUGUGCGCACGGACAUUGACAUUAGAAAUAUUGAAGUGACUACAAUCUGACAUUGCAGUUAUCCUCUGCAAGCUUGAGAUGAUUUUCCCACCUGCUUUCUUUGAUAUCAUGGUACACCUCGCCAUUCAUUUACCCCGCGAGGCUUACCUUGCAGGGCCAAUUCAAUAUAGGUGGAUGUAUCCUUUUGAUAAAUAUUUGGAAAAAUUCAAGCGUUAUGUCAGAAAUAAGGCUCGUCCGGAAGGUUCAAUUGCUCAAGCAUAUGUUUAUGCUGAAUGCUUGACUUUUUGCUCCUUGUACAUCCAUGAUGUUGAGACCAUAUAUAACCGGGAGGAACGAAAUAGAGAUAUAGAUAAGGGUGCAGAAUCUGACAAUUUGCCUGUUUUAUCACAAAAGGUACAUCCUUUGGGUUCGCCUACCUCCAAUCGAUUGGAUCAAACUCUCAUUACAAAGGCAAGGUGGUACAUGCUUAAUAAUUGUCCAGAGAUUGGUCAGUACAUAGAGUAAGUAUUUGGUUGUUUCGAUGUACUUCUACCUUAUAUAUAUAUAUAUAUAUAUAUAUAUAUAUAUAUAUUUGAACUUCUAUAUUCAUGGCCCAACUUAAUUCGUAACUAUGUAUUUGCAGUGAGCACUAUACGAAGAUGAAAGAAAUUUCCCUUGAUAAUGUAGAGCGUAGACGUGAAAUUGACUUUCCAAGUUGGUUCCGUACACGUGUAGGUUACCUCUAAAAUCAACUCUCACAUUGCUCUUUGUCAAUUUCUUUCUAGAGUAUGUCUAACAUUUUGCACACCAUUAUCUAUAGAUUCAAGAACUACGUUCAGCUAAUCCUGAUGUCGUCUCUGAAUUCGUAUAUGCACUCGCUUGUGGACCAGAUCCAUGGGUUGCUUCAUAUUCUGCUUGCAUAAUGAAUGGCAUCAGAUUCCACACUGUGUUGUGUGGACAAUAUCUCAAAAUUUAGAAUAGUGGAAUGGUUGUUAAAGGGGAACACCUAUCAAAGCCUGUUGAUUUCUAUGGUGUAUUGAUCGACAUAUUGCAAUUACGUUACAUGGGUUGGCGUCAUGUAUAUUUGUUUAGAUGUGACUAGUUUGAUAUCAAUGAUAGGAGGAGAGGAAUACGUGUUGGGGACCACCUAAUUAGUGUCAACACUUAUCGCAAAUGGUAUAAGGAUGAGCCAUUCGUCCUCGCCUGUCAAGCCUCCUAAGUGUUUUACCUUAAAGACACUAGCUUGAGUGGUAAUUGGUCUGUCGUGCAAAAGGUGAACAACAUAAACAUGUAUGAUGUUCCAAUUAUACCAUUGGUCAAUGAUGAUGACGAUGAGGAGGAAAAUUCCAAUUUUGCUGCUUUCCAAGAGAACGACCCCUCUUAUGUAGUAGUUGUACCCGAAAAUACUGAAAAUGGCACGCUGAAUCCCUUGCAUAGAUUUGAUAUAGAACCAAGCCAUGUUCCUGACUUGACACCAUUGCAACAUGCAAUACCCCUUCCCGAUGAUGAAGAGUUCAUUGAUGAUGAAGAGGAUGAAAAUGAUGAUAACCAGACCCAUAGCAGUGAAGACCUUCUGUCGAACAAUGGGAGUUUGUCUGACGAUGGUGUGCAUUGAUGCUAGAAUUGUACUUAUUAUUUUACAAUUUAACACAUUGAAUUAACAUGCUACUAUUUCAUUAUAGAUGAACGUAUUUAAUUUCUUAGUUAACCAAAUAAUUUUGCAUCUCAUUUUUGUGCAAAUAGACAGUAGCUGACACCAAUAAAUCUGGACUAUGUUAUUUGCAGAAUCUGAAAAUUAACCCACUGAUGGCAUAAGGCUAGCUGUGAUGUUCGAAAUAGAUAUCGAGGAAAACUGAGUAGAUCAUGAAAGUUGUUAGAGAUAUAAGGAUGAGCCAAAGUGAAGCUAGUCUGCAUUCAAUUCAGCCCCAACGAUGUAGCAGAUAAUGUGAAGGCCUUUAACAUAAGCUCAACGAUGUGCCACAUUAAU